GAGAUUUUUUUUAAAAAAUCCGCAAAUUUUUUGGCAAAAACUUCGCAAAUUUUUGAAAAUCAUUCAGUUUCCUUUAACCCAAUCAGAAGGAGAGACACACUGAAAAUGGCUCCCAUGAUAACUGCAGGGCUUACCAGGCGGGGUAAGCCCAACUACAGAGAUAAGAAUAACUUCUAUUAUGUUUUCAAUGGGGAGAGGGCAGAGACCAAGAAUUGGCGCUGUUCCCAGAGAUCAUGCACUGCAGCCCUAACAACGAGGAUAUCUACUGGAAACCUGGUAGGGGAUGUACUCCCAACUCAUGGCCAUACCAACAAGCUGCUGAAGACGAAAGCUAAGACCACAGAAAAGGCUGUGAUUGAGAAAUAUGCCAAUGUUCAAGGAAAGCAGAGAUCAAAGGACUCCAGACAGAGGGUGAAAUUUGUUGUAGAAGCUUUCCAUACUAUGCCGAAAGCUGAUUAUAUCCAAAACCUUGCACAUGACCAGCAGAAGAUAAAUAAUGAUAAAUAAAGAUCACCUGUAUGAAUUCCUAUGUAUACUCCAUGAUUAUGUAAAA